UCCUUGCUGACUGACAGGGACAGGAUGGGCCAUAUAUAUUUCCCCCCUGUAGAUUGAGUGGAUAAGGUGUGUUUGCUUUUGAAUCUGAAAAGUAGUGUCAUCCAAUCUUGAUUUUGAUGUUGAUGCUCAAAGGUGACAUAAAGCUGGAUGCAAGGGAAGAACAUCUUCUUAGUAAGGAAGGAAAAAAAAAAAAAAAAAAAAAAAAAAGCCAACCCUGCACUUCUCAGUGAUUGGGAUUCACUGUGUUGUUGCUGGGUGGAACUGAGUAAUGCUGUUGUUGCUCCUGCUUCUGCACAGUGAUGUUUCUGUUCCAGUUUGUGCUGACUCAUAUUCAAGAAAACACGAGGCACAGACACAAUGCACUGUAACCCUUAUUCUUUCCCCCACUAACCUCGAAAGCUUCUGUAGCUCAUGCAAUAAAUGGCUGAGAAAGCAGAUGUACCAAGAGAUGAAGAGGAGAUGCAAAAUAACAGCGAGGAAGACCCAUUUCCCAUUUGUGGUGUUGUAACAGCAUCCCCUGGUUGCUCUGCCAGUCUGUUUUUGGCCAGCCUUAAUGAAGACAAGGGAAGUUCAGUGGUGCCAGAAAGACUGUCUGUCCUCUCUAGCAAGGCUGUGGCCCAAGCAAAAGCCCUUGCUGGCCCAGAGAUCAGUGGCAGCCAGGCACAGAGCAGGGCCUCUGGGCUGGCCAAGUACCAGCUGACAGCUGCAAAUGCACCAGCAGGGGGCUUGUCGUACCCCUUGGCAGUCUGUAAGCCCAAGCCUGCGGACAUUACUUCACUAUGCUCCGAAAGCCUCUGCUGCAACUGCAACCAGGGUUUGGAGGUACCACAUGCCCCUGAGGUGUCCAAGGUGGCUGGUGAGCCUCCUGAGGCAGUGAAGAACAUUGGGUGCUGCCACAUGCAGGGUGCCAGCAAACAGUAUGCAGGGAACGGCACUAAGGGCAUUGUGGCCCCUUGCAGUCUGGGCCUGGCUAUUUGGAUGAAGACCACAAAAGUAAUGGAGAAUUUAGAAAAUAAGAAAAAGGAAGAAAAGGAGAAGUACAGGCUCCAGCUAGCUAUGUACCGAAGACUUCUACUGUUGCGUUCGAUUAGGAGCUUGCACAAGCAGCUGGAGCAACAGCAGGCCAGGUUGCAGGAAUGUUAUGGCAUGGUAAUAAAUACCAAGAAAGAAGUGUUGAAACGCAUUCGCUCAACCUCGCCCUCACCUUCGCCAUAAUCAUGUUGCUGCAUGUAGAAAUGAGCUUUGUAACGCCACUGGAGCCAUCAGUAAGCUUCCAUGCCAUGAGGUGGUGUCCUCCUAGCCAAGAGUAUGUGCCCACGUGUGUGGAGAACAGAAGCAGCAACAACAGAACAAGAGAAAGGGGAAGGUAAAACAUCAUUGGACCAUGGAUUUUUCUGCAGGAAGCUGGAAUAAGAUUUUAUCUGUGCAAGGUGAUGGCUGAUGCACACUUGAGGUCUCAAGCUGAAACAGGAUAUAAAAAGUAAAUUAAUGUAUUAAAAAAGGGAAAAAAAUGGGAACUGAGUCUGACAUAUGAUCAGUAAAGGUGAUCUGAUGCCAAAGCUGCAGCCCAUUAAAUAUGUGAUAUGGCCUUGGACUUUCAGCAUUAAAGGAACUUCAGAAGAAUUGUUUUUUUCUCUCCUCAAGGAUACCCAAGCCUAGAAAGCCAGGACAUUUGAAGAACUUAAGCUCAGGCUUGAUAUCUACCCAGCUGCCUGCUUUUCACAAAACUGCUAAGGCCAUUUUAUGUUUCUGACCUCUAGCCUCCUAUGAAAUUUAUCUUGAUGAGAAAUUAUUGCAGGAAGGUAGAACAGUCAAAUACAUGUACACAGAAACAGCACAAUUGCCUAAGCCUUAUUUCCUUAGGAAAGCAAGCUAGAAACAAAGGCUUUAUAAUCCAAUGUUACAUUAGAAGCCCAGACUGUCAGUGCCAGGGGAAUGUUCAAGGUCUGCACAAUUAGUAAUCUGAUGUUAACUCCCAUUGGCGCUAGUGUCUGCAAAUCAAGCAUAUUUUGUGCCUUACUGCUGUCAUUUAAUGGAAGUUGAUGACAAUUAGCACUUUUUAUCCAGGUGUAUUAGACACUUGGAAAACCCUAGAGCAGUUGCUCCAAUUGCAAGGUUAGGAUGCCUGCAGGAAAUUUGAUGUCAGUAAGUAACAAACACACGGGGAAAAUUAAAGAAGGAAGAUACAACUUUUUUUUUUGUGUGUGUGUGUUUGUUUGUAUGCAUUAAAAAGGCAAUCUGUGUCCCUAUUAUUGAACAGCAAAUUGAAUAGUUGAAUGUACUGGUUUAGAAUCUGAAGCAAAAAUGUUUUGAGAACAAAAGACAUUGGAAAAACUUCCUUUUCUGGGACUUAAAGUGGUAUGGAAAAUUCUCUUUUUCUUCACAUAUGCAAUUCUGAUGAUGCCACCUUUUCUUUUACCCUGUUGUUUGUUAGAAAUGUUUCGGUAGGUGAGCAAAUUUUUUUUUUUUUUUAAAUCUAUUCCUUACAUGAAAAGGCAAGUCUAUCAUUAGAGAGUCUAUCAUUAUCAUUUUUCUGCGAAUAGUAUGCUAUAUAUGGGAAACUUUUUCUCCCUGUCUUUUAUAUGUGUGCUAAUAGAGGGAGGGUGUGUGUGUGUUUCUGUGCACACAUACCUAUAUAAAGUGGUCAUGAAGGGUUGGCACUUCAUUUCUGGUAGUAGAAGCAGGAAUAAUCUCUCAGUAAUCUCUGCUGUCUAUGAGGAGCUGGUUGAUUAGAUUCACAUGCACAUAUCUGUGAGCAAGGUAUUGAAGUAAUUCAACAAUUGAAGUGCAGCACAACAUUGUCAUUGUUCCAUCUUUAUAUUUCCUUGCACCCAAACUUAUGGAAGCCCUCAGGGUAUGUGCAACAUUAGAUGGGCUUAUUUAUCUCCUUGAGCCCUUGCAUACCCUCUUACACAGCACAAGCCUAGAAUUUUGUAUGCAGAAUUACCAUAGAAACAUAGUUGGCAUCAAGGAGAUAUUUGAAGAAGCAUCCUGUACUGCCUCAUUUGGGGUAUUUAGGUUGCCAGGGACCUUUAGUGGGCUGCAGAAAUGAGAGAUGGGGAUCUAUGUGACUGGGAGACGUUACUCCUGUGUUCUGAACCCACCCAGCUCUCAGCUCAGUCGUGGGAAGGCUGUUCUGUCAGUAAUGCAGGUUUAUCAAAGAACACUUAAAUACUAAAUUCAGCUCAGAAGUAAUUUGUUCUAUCUUAAUAUGCUCUCCAGGAAGGAAAGAUGAUCAUGGCCAAGAGGGAUGUACAAAGAUUUUGUUGAGUUGUUUGUUUUAAAUUCCUGAACUAAAAAUAAAAUAAAAUAAAAUAAAAUCAUUGUUUAAGAGUGAAAGUAAGUGUUAUGUUAAACCAAACACAUGCAGACCACUAUUAGGUUGUGUCUUGGGGAAAGAAGUGUUGGAGAAGAGGCAUAUCUCUGAAAACUACUAAAUUCUGAAAUCAAAUGUCGUAUUGUUCCCAUUAGGAAGAAGACCGAAAGAUGUAUUUUGACAUAAGUUGUGUUUGAAAAAGAAUUAAUAAAUUUUAUUUCUUCUGAAUUAAAUUCAACUUGGCUAAUACUAUCAUGUCAUUGAACUUUCUGUAUGCGAACAAAAGUAAGAUAAAGUAGCCAUUUUACCUCAGUAGCUGCUGUAGUAUUGCCCUAUCCAUUACUAUAUGCUGCUACCUAUACCUGUAAUGCCAAUUGUUUUAAAGGUGACUUGAAAAACAUUGAAAAAUAUUGCUCACACAAAACACAGUGCAGCAAUAGUUGAGUUGUCAACCUGUACAACUGUAAGUGCUUUGUGACAAUCUUUGUUUUGUACAACACCUCUCAUAAGAUUUCUUGAUCCUUAUUAGAAUCAGUAGAUGCUUCUGCACUGUGAAUAUUAAAUGCCAAGAGAUCUGUGCAUGAGCAAUGCCGUCUGAUAGAUGGCAAGAAAAUGAAGCCAAGAUCUGUUCUGUGUAUGCAUGGUCUUUCAUGUAGUGUUUAAUGGAUACGUGCAAAAUAAAUGUUAACUGAUGAAAUAA